AUGGCCCCCGUUAAGGAGUACUCUCUUCUCUGCCUGGAGAACCCUCUCCUCGAUAUCCAGGCUGUCGGUAACCAGGAGCUCCUCGACAAGUACGGGCUCAAGGCCAACGACGCCAUCCUCGCCGAGGAGAAGCACGUCCCGCUGUACGAGGACCUCCUCAACAACUACGAGGCCAAGCUCAUCGCCGGCGGCGCCGCGCAGAACAGCGCCCGCGGCGCGCAGUACGUGCUGCCGCCCAACAGCGUCGUCUACCUGGGCGGCGUCGGCGACGACAAGUACGCCGCCACCCUGCACGACGCCGUCAAGGCCGCCGGCCUGCGCGUCGAGUACCGCGUCGACCCCAAGGAGCCCACCGGCCGCUGCGGCGCCAUCAUCACCGGCCACAACCGCUCCCUCUGCACCGACCUCGGCGCCGCUAACCACUACGACCUCGACCACCUCAAGAAGCCCGAGAUCUGGGCCCUCGCCGAGAAUGCCGACGUGUUUUACAUUGGCGGCUUCCACUUCACCGUCUGCCCUCCUGCCAUCAUGGAGCUCGCCAAGAACGCGGCCGAGAAGAACAAGAUCUUCGUCCUCUCCCUCUCCGCCCCCUUCAUCCCUCAGUUCUUCAAGGACCCCGUCGACGCCAGCGCGCCCUACUGGGACUACGUCAUCGGCAACGAGACUGAGGCCGCCGCCUACGCCGAGUCCCACGGCCUCGCCUCCAAGGAGCCCAAGGACGUCGUCCGCCACCUGGCCGACCUCCCCAAGGAGAACGCCAAGCGCAAGCGCGUCGCCAUCAUCACCCAGGGCACCGAGCCCACCCUCGUCGCCAUCCAGGGCGAGCAGGGCAUCAAGGAGUUCCCCGUCCACGCCAUCGAACCCGCCAAGAUCACCGACACCAACGGCGCCGGCGAUGCCUUUGCUGGUGGUCUCCUCGCCGGCAUCGUCGAGGGCAAGUCUCUCGAGGAGUCGAUUGACAUCGGUCAGUGGCUCGCUCGUCUGAGCAUCCAGGAGCUUGGACCUUCGUAA